AUUAGAUAAUAAUUAAAUAAAUUUCAUCAUUGUAAUACAUUUGGAAUAGAUGAUGUUUUUGGUAAUAUAAAAAUGGUAAAUAUUUUACAUGAUAAAAAAAUAUACAUAUAUAAUUUAUUCAAUUAUCUAACAAUGGCAUUUCUAAACCACCAUAUAGCUAAUUAAAAGAUUUUCGGACUUCCAGGUGACUUUGUGCUGGAUAUACUCGUGUCGGCAAUUUUUUUUAAUUAUCUCAAAGAAAACUACAGAAUUACACUUUUUAAUUCAUAAAAGUGAAUAUUUGUGGUUGACAUAAGCAGUAUGAUUGUAGCUUAAUAAAACCCAGGAAAAAAUUUUUUAGUAUGGCGAUAUAAAUAGUUAAUAGAUAAAAGAGGGUCGAUACUACCCCAAUUCCGUAUAAUGGUUUUCUAAUUUUCGUUUUACGAUCAGUGUAUGAGUUAUAGUAUAUUUAAAAUUGCUUGGAUACCGAUCUCUGGCUUUGAGUUUUGCAAAUCGCACAAAACAAAUUGUGUUGCACCCUAGCCUAGUUCUUUCUUGUUUACUUGUUUGAAAAUUAUUAUUUUAUCUAUAUUUCAAAGUUUGGAAGCGAAAUGUAAAACGUUAAAAAAAUACUUAUUAUUAAGAGAAAAUUUAUUAUCUUUAUUUUGUUGUUUGCAAUUGUACCUAGGAUGCAAAGACAAAAUACUAAAUAACAAUUUCAUUCUAAUAAUUUAUAAAUACUUACAAUUUAAAUGUUAUAUAAAUAUAUUCCAUCUUCCUCACCUACAUACAUUAGUUUUCAAAAUAAUCGGAAUAAAAGGGCUGGGUGUUGUAAUAGUCCGAUUUCAACCAUUUUCUUACUGGCAAAAGAAGUGCUAAAAGGAUUUGACCUGAGCAAAUAUUUAACCUAACCAAGUAAGAAAAAGCUAAGUUCGGGUGCUAUCAAUCAUUUUAUACUCUUGCAACUUCCAAGGAUUAAAGCUAGGUAGGUACUUUGAGGUACAUAAAGCUUGUUGAUUAUAUAGGGUCUAGGGUGAGCUUCCGCCAGAUUUUAUUCAUUCUAGGCACAAAGGUGCAUCAUUAUAAGAAAAAGACGCUCUCUCAAUUUUAUUAAGGUUACUCACAUGUUGGCCGAUAUAUACAGUAUAAAGUCACCCGGAAGUUCAAAAAUCCUUAUAUUACAUAAGUAUAUGGGGCCUAAUGAUGCCUUCUGAAUUUCAAUCACACAUUGACCGAUAUUUUCGCACUGGGUCAACGCCCCUUCAGUUUUAUUUAGUUAAUUCACAUAUCUACUGGUUGAUGUAAGCGGUAUAAAUUUACCCGAAAGUUAAAAAAUCUUUAUAUCUGGUAUAUGGGAGCUAAAGGAAGAUUAAUACAUACAAAGCAAGCAAUUUUUGACCCAUAAACAUACCAUUAUCAAAAGUCAAAGUUUUAUUUCUUAAUUUAGUGCUUAAUUAUGGAUUUUGUUUGUUUUCGAUUACUCGAGCUUAUGGACGUGGCAGUGGCUCGAUGAAUCCCACCUAUGAACUCGUCCUUGUUGUUUUACUAAAGAACAUGAAAUUGCAUAUUCCAAUUUAUACUUAAUUUACACCUUGCACUGACCGACGGACGAACGGGGGGACGGCGUGAGUGUCCCCCGGAUUUGAACUCGUCUCGUCAUCUUGAUCAUAUGUAUUUAUACAUAUAUACAAUAUAUGUAUAACCCUAUAUCUAACUCGAUUAUUAUACCCUGAACAUGGUAUAUUAAGUUUGCCUAGAAGUUUGUAACACCCAGAAGGAAGCGUCGGAGACCAUAUAAAGUAAAUAUAUAUUCAAAUGAUCAGAGUGUCGAGCUGAGUCGAUUUAGCCAUAUACGAACAAGUAACUCAGUUUUUAAAAUAUCGUUUAGAAAUUUUGCAAACGUCAUUUUCUCUUCAAGAAGCUGCUCAUUUGUCGGAACUGCUGAUAUCGGCCCACUAUACCAUAUAGCUGCCACACAAGCUGAACGAUCGAAAUCAAGUUCUUGUAUGGAAAAAUUUGCAUUUGACAAGAUAUCUUCACGAAAUUUGGUAUGAAUUAUUUUUUAUAGAAAUUGUUCAGAUCGGCUCACUAUAGCAUAUAGCUGCCAUACAAACCUAACGAUCGGAAUCAAGGGCUUGUAUAGAAAACUUUGAAAUUUGACGUGGUAUCUUCGCGAAAUUUGACAUGGAUUACUGCUUAAGGUAAUAAUAUAAUCUAAAUUGUUCAGAUCAGAUUACUAUAGCAUAUAGCUUCCAUAAAAACAACACAUUGUUGCUAAAAGAAAUGCACCUGUGAAUAGUAUAUUAGAUUCGGUGCAAGAGAAGUUAACGUUUUUUCUUGCUUUUUCAAGCAAACGCUAGGUAAACAAAACUAUUAAAAUCAACUAUUUUAAACUUAUUUGAAAAAUAUGUUCCGAAGUGUGUUGUUACUCAAAAAAUGAGUUCUAAUUUAUGGUUUUCGAAAGAAUUAUGUAAAUUAAAAAAUAGAAAAUCUCGUGCUUUUAAACUUUUUAAAAAAACUAGUUUAGUUGCUGACUAUUCAAAAUAUUCUGAAUUGCGUCGACAAUUUGCUGAACUUAACAAAAUAUGUUAUAAUAAUUAUAUAAAUAAAGUAAAAUAUAAUAUUACACGUAAUUCAAAAUUGUUCUAUGGUUUCGUCAACUCCAAACGCAGGAUUUCUAAUUUUCCGUCCACUACGAAAUACAAGUCUAGUAUGUCUAGUGACAAUCACACCAUGUUCGCUGAGUUCUUCAAGUCCUAUUACUCUCCAAAAUCUCCAAAAAAUGUUCCGCAUCAGCACAAGUUAUGUCCGAUUUCUGUCAUUAAUGCACCUACCAUUUCCGAAGCAGACGUCUUAUAUCAGUUAAAUAUGUUAGAACAAUUAUGGCCUAGAUCUACAGUAACUAAUUUGCGUGAAUUAGUAUCAGCGGGCGGCUUUAGGGAUAAUAAGCACACUGAUGUUAUACGAGUAUUUUAGUAAAGCUUUUCAAAAAGUUAAGCAUUCAAUUCUUUUAAAUAAACUUGCUCUUCUUGGUUUUCAACCAAUAUUUCUAAAAUGUGUAGCUUGUUAUCUUAGUAAUUGAAUUCAACAAGUCAUAUUUAACGAUACUUUUUCUGACAUAAUCAAUGUUCCUUCAGACGUUCCUCAUGGCAGCCAUCUUGGUCCAAUUCUGUUCUUGUUAUUUAUUAAUGACAUAUCAUCUGUUGUUAAGUUUUCAAAAGUUUUAUUAUAUGCUGACGAUGUAAAACUUUUUAAAACAUAUGCUUCAAACAGCGAAAGAUGUCAGUUGCAAACAGACUUAAACAACCUAGUUUCUUGGUGUGAUAGAAAUGACAUGCCAUUGAACUUAAAAAAUGUAAAACGAUGUGCUUUUCACGUAGAUCUGUAGACCAUACUUCAUAUGCAAUAAAAAACUUUAGGUUGGAGCAAGUAUGCAGUUUCGUUGAUCUGGGAGUGACUAUGGACCCCAAACUCAAUUUUAAUCUUCACGCUCUUAGUUUUGUUAAACGUUGGUCUAAAGAAUUUAGAGAUCCGCUUACGACAAAAAUUCUUUUUACAUCUCAGGUGAGGCCUAUAUUAGAGUAUGCUUCUGUGAUUUGGAACCCUAGUUACCAAGUCCAUUCGGAUAAGUUAGAGUCCGUUCAAAAACAAUUUUUAAUUUUUUCCUUAAAUUAUUUGCAUUGGAAUUCCCCCUUACACUAACCGUUUAAAACUUGUAAAUCUCCGGACUCUCGCUAGUCGAAGGGAGAUGCUUGGUAUGAUAUUUCUUGCAAAACUCAUGAAUGGGUCUGUCUGUAGCCCAUCUCUCUUCUCCGAUAUUAAUUUUAACUUUCCCCCUCGCUCUAUCAGGCAGUUUAGACCCUUACUUUUAAAAUUUUCUAGAACAAAUUUUGAGUUGAACGAACCAUUCCGCCGGAUAUGUCAUGAUUUCAAUUCUCAUUCCAGCACAUUUGAUCUAACAGACUCAUUCUUUACCAUUAAAAAAAUUAUUUUAUCCACUCUUAACAAGUAACAUUUAAAUAUUACAUUAUAAACUUUAAUUUAAUUCUUAAUUUUGGCUGUUGAAAUUAUUGUUUCUGUACCUGAGCAGCUUAAGAUCGCAACGCUUAAAACUCUCUUGCCUUUCAUGACUCGGCUAAUUCCGCUCGUUCGCGGAUUGCGCCCCUCGCGUCGGUUGGGCGGGAGGAGGGUAAUCUUUGGGUAUUAUUAUUCGAAGAAACCGUGUAUGAAUACUAAUUAAAAUUGGUAUCUUAUUAAGUUAUAUUAAGGUCAUAUACUCAUUUAGUUUUAUUAAUAUAUUUGCUAUGUGGGAGGCGCUAUGAACAUACUCUCAUUUUGACCCGUUAUGGGGUGGAACAAUGCCCACACAAGGGCUCCUCGCUACUGUGACCUCUUGUGUCAAAUUACUGCUUUGUAUGUUAUGCCAAAGCUAGACGUGUAGUACUUAUUGUGGUAUGCUAAGGAAACCAUAUGUGUGUUAACCGAGUUUUGAAUUUUUCUCCAAAGCGAAGCUACUCAAUUGUUUUCUGUGAUUUUGAAAUUUAUCAAAAAUAUUUAGAUUAAAAAUAAAGAAGUGAAAUACUAAAACCAAAAAUGGACCAGUUUGUUGCAAAGACUUUUGUUGAAAUAAAUCUUUAAUAUAUGUAUAGUAUUGUUAGCUACAUUUAAUGUAAAUAUAAAUAAUUAGGGUAUUCCAUCAAACUCGUAAAUGUACAAAACUCCUUUUUUUCAUACGUAUAAAAGCCGCGUAAAUAGGUAUUUUGACUUUUCUGUCAGUGUUGCAUUUGAAAAACCAAAUCCAGGGUUAAUUUAGAAGAGAAAUUUCUGUAUAAGUGCGUGCGUUUAUUUAAAAAAUUACUUAAAAAGAAUUAAAAUCUUAGAAAAUGCCACGAAAAAGUGAAAAAAGAAAACUAUGUGAAAAUAUUGAUAACAAUGCACUCAACAAUUUGUCGAUGUUACAAGUAUUUGGAUCAAGUGAUGGUUUGCUUAAUUACUUUCUGAGAGAAUGCACGCAUUUAAAUGAUUUCGUUUAUAUUUACAGAACGAAAUCAAGAAGAAGUGGAAGAUGAAAUCCUUGAAGAAUGGGCAUAUUCAAAACUUACUGUCCUCAGCUUUCGCUAUUCGAUUCCGACCUUGAAAGACUCUGUGCCAAAAACCAAAAAAUUCUUUUAUGAUAUUUUGCCAAAUUUAGACGAAAACCGGUUUCGACAAUUUGUUAGAAUGAAUCGGGCAAAUUUUGAAAUUGUACUAAAACUGAUAGAAGAUGAUGUUCUCUUUAACGGAGCAAGUUCCGGCAAACAAUUUCCCGUUGCUAUGCAACUCGCCAUUGUUUUAUAUCGUCUCGGUUGUAAUGGAGAAGGUGCAUCAGUUGCAAAAAUUGCUAGUUUUUUUGGGAUAGGUGAUGGAGGAACCAUUCAAAGAGUUACUGAGCUAGUCUUUCAAGCAAUAUUAAAAAUAAAGCAAAGGUUUUUGUUUUGGCCUGAUGCUAAAGAGCGGCAAAGUAUUGUCAGAAAUACUUUUUUUGAAUUGCCGCAUUGUAUUGGAUAUGUUGAUGGCACAGAAAUCAAAUUAGCUGAAAAACCUAGCGACGAUCCCGAGUCAUAUUUUUCGCGAAAGCAUGUAUAUUCUCUAAAAGUUCAAGCAGUAUGUGAGUAUAAACUGAGAAUCCGUCACAUGGUUCUAGGAUAUCCAGGUAGCGUUCACGAUAGCAGAAUCUAUAAUAACUGUGAACUGGCAUUGAAACCAUCGAAUCAUUUAAGCGGCGAUGAAUGGAUAGCAGCCGAUAGUGCGUAUAAACUAACGAAUACGGUUAUAACCCCAUUUAGAACAAAUUCCAACGAUUGCACUUUGCAACAAAGAAAUGAGUUCAACAAUACCCAUUCCAAGUAUCGUGUGCGUAUUGAAAAUUGCUUUGGAAUUUUGAAGGAAAGGUUUAACUCCCUCAAAGAAUUAAAAAUCCAAAUUAAAGAUGACGCAAGUGUAAGGCUUGCUUGCCGGUGGGUUCUUGUUUGCGCCAUUUUACAUAACAUUAUAAUUGAGCAAGAAAAUGGUGAUACAUUUGAUAUCGAAAACUUAGAAGAUAGUUUUGACAAUGAUGAAGUGAAUGAGAACCAGUUCCAACAGUUUCCAGUCUUGAAAGGAGAACACAAGAGACGAGCCAUAAUAAAAAUUUUAAAUGAAAUGUCAACAUUAAAUAAUUUUUAAAUUUUUUCAGGUCCGCAAAAUCUAACAAAACCCUCACAUCCUGCCCUUACCCUACGAUGACUUGAAAAAGCCAAACAAUAUGGUUAAAAGCUAUUGCUGUCGGCGAAAGCCAGCAACCAAAAUGCCUUAAAUUAACAACUUUUAAUUUGAUUUCAUAUUUUAAAGCAUUAGAAACUGUUAAGGUCUUCUUUAUUUGUAUAUAUGUAAUCUUUAAAGACACAAAAUAUAUGUGAGGAAUAAAAAGUUCUUAUGCUUUUUUAUAUUUUAACUCUAGUUCGUACAUUUUGAGUUUUUCUUCUCUUUCAUAUUCGCCAAAGCAAGUCGUUCAUCACGUUCAAUUUCUAGCUUUUUCAUCUCCAAUUCCUGUUUUUCUUUUUCUUUCAUUCAGUCAAAUUUUUGCUUCUCCAAGUCCAAUUUUGCUUCAAGCAUUCCUUGUAAUACGCCGGCAGAGCUUGCAUUCGGGUUUUGCUUUUUCUUUAGGCUGUGUUUCGAUGUCAUUCUUUUUUUUAAAUUCUCAAUCUCUGAGUCGCCGUUGAAGCUGCUUGCAUUGUUCGAUGACAAUUCCAGUGAUAAAUGAACGUCUGGCUGUGGAGUAUCGGGCGGAAUAGGAGUACUGGCUGAUAUAAGUACGUGAACUCGAGUAACUAUUUGAAAUAUCAUCAACAUUAUCAAAUAAAAAAACCUCCUCGCUGUCUUCAUAGAGGACUUCUAUAUUGCUACUCUCAAUUAUAACCGUAGGGUUCACGCCCUUUCUGAGCCCAAAAAUCUCGUCCAGUAUUUCGAAGAAGGGACAAAUAUUUUGAAUGUAGUCUGCGAAAUUUGGUUUAAUUUAAUUUCGUAUUUAAAAGACAAAGAAAAUAAAAUACCCUUGACGCUUUCUUCUUCUCCAUUUUCAAUUAAUCCAGCUCCUGUUUGACUACGCCAUUUCACGGCCUCCAUAUAUACUCCUUUUAAAUAGCGCAUUUUGCUCUUCAUCACUUUCCAAUUAAUGUUUGCGAGCAAAGGGCACUUAUCAGAUAUUUUCGAAUAAAAUUUUUGUGCAAUAGGCUUCUGUAUAAAAAAAAGUAU